UUUUCUUUUGUCGCGCGCGCCCACGUGGCUGUGGUGGGUGUGUCUGACAACCGUUAUAACCUAUAUUUGCCUUUGGUCUUGCAUAAGUUCUGAAAAUGUCGUAUAUGCUUCCUCAUUUACACAAUGGCUGGCAAGUAGACCAGGCCAUUCUUUCAGAAGAAGACCGUGUGGUGGUCAUUCGCUUUGGGCAUGACUGGGAUCCUACUUGUAUGAAAAUGGAUGAAGUUUUGUAUAGUAUUGCUGAAAAGGUGAAAAAUUUUGCUGUUAUUUACCUUGUGGAUAUCACAGAAGUACAAGACUUCAACAAGAUGUAUGAACUGUACGAUCCCUGUACAGUCAUGUUUUUCUUCAGAAACAAACACAUAAUGAUUGAUUUAGGCACAGGCAACAACAACAAAAUUAACUGGGCGAUGGAAGACAAGCAAGAGAUGAUUGACAUCAUAGAAACAGUUUAUAGAGGUGCUCGUAAAGGUAGAGGUCUUGUUGUAUCACCCAAAGACUACUCAACCAAAUAUAGAUAUUAAUGCUUUGGACCUUUAUAAAAUAAAUGUUUGUAUAUAAUGCCUUUGCUUGUUUACAUCUUUUAAUUGUGAAUAUGUUUGAAAUUACAUAAAUAUUUUCA